CUUGCAGCGACCGCCAUUCGGUAACAGUCGCGCGCGCCAUUAACUUGUGUUCCUAAUUUAAAAUUCAAAUCGAAAAGCGCGCGAAUGUAUUUAGUUUUUGUCGGUGUUUGUUUCUUUUGUGAUAUUUUUUUCUAGUCUGUGCUUGGAUCGGACACAGUGGAUCAUUUUGAGGACUGCAAAAUGUUUUUAUUCAAAGUAUCCUUACUCUCCUUGCUCAGCAUCACCUCCGCCUUCGAUCACCGGUCGGCGGCGUCCGAUGCCCAGAUCCGCUUCGCCGUCGAGAACAAAUACGACGACACCGGCCCCGGAGCCACCAAGCCGGAAUAUGCUUACAAAACUUACAAACACCUCGACGACGCUCUAGCAGCGUACGUAGACGACCCAGACACGAAACUGUCCGAGUACGACAAAGCGCGAGCCUACCAGAGACUAGGCAGACCGAUUAACAUAGACUACUCGGUACCCAAACGAACUUAUCCUCAAUACGAGCAGAACGCAGUGUCGUUUGUCUCGCAAACUGCCAAUGAUCUCCCGAAAGAGGUGACGAAAGAUCCGGGUUUGCUCUACGGCUUCUUGCACGACAGUCCGCGGGCUCCACUGGAUCUGCGAGGGUUCAAGCACGUGCAUGUACCUUCAGACCAUAUGCUGCUGACAGACCGGGAACCCUUCCAGCUGAGGCAGAUCAAGUACGUGAAGGAAAGCCCGCUGAACCUCGCCCACUACCGGAGGCAGCCGGAGGACAAGGCCCCUAAGUACAGCUACGCUUAUAAAGUGCAUGACGGCCGGACAGGCGACUCCAAGAUGGCGCACGAGUCGCGCUCCGGGGACGUGGUCCGCGGGUACUACCGGCUGCUGGACGCGGACAACAAGGUGCGGACUGUCCGCUACACCGCGUCCGACGCCGCCGGCUUCCAGGCGCAAGUGGAGCGGACGAGAGUCUGACAAGAUGGCGGGGUUGUCAGGCAGUUUUCGCAAGUGAGGGUUUAGAGGUGGUCAACGGGAAGACGUUAGAGUCUUAAAAAGAGUAUAAUAAGCCAGAAGACUUUAGAAUUACCCCCUAAAUCUCCCCAUGUCUCCUUUUCGGUUUACUCUCUUGCAACAUCCUCUAUUCGUAGAAGUUUGUAUACUGGCGUCAGCGCUGACACUC